AUGUGGCCUCCAGGCAACGACGCGUCGUUCGUUUCAGCCCCAUUAGCCAGUGGCGUCUCGAAACGCAACGACUACGAAGCGGUCGUCGCCGAUGCCGACGCCUCAGGCAUGAAAAAUCGCCCGGUUGGCCGCAACCUCAUUUCCGUGGCAAAUUUCUCCGCCUCAGACGAACCUUCGAUUUUCGGUACUUCUGCCACAUUCGGACGGGAGGAUGAUGACAACAGACGUUGA